CUGCCGUUGCGGCCUCGUGUCUUCACGCGUCAGCGCUCUGCGUUGGGGUCGUGACCGCGUCUUCAAUUUCCCACGCCCUCUUCCUCGUCCCGGGCCGCCACCAUGUUCGCUCACAACGUGCAGCCUCCGCUCGUCUCCCUCUUCUCCUCAACUGGCUCAGACCCUCUUGCUAUAUGGGCAGUUAACAAGCACGAUGAAUUGCCUGACGACUCGGUUGUGUGUCUCCUCGAAGACAAGACGUCGGAACCUGCGCCGCCCGGGCCUGCAAAACUUAUCGAGCCCCCGGCAAUUGACAGCGUUGGCGAAAAUGGACGAGGUCAAGGUUAUACCUUAAGUCAGACCGUGCUACACAUACAAAGCCCUGUUAUACGCACGACGUAUAUCCGAUGCCCAUCAACCGGCGACCUAGACAUGAAGCAUCCAUGGAUGCAUCUGCAGGUCCGGAGUCUUGGGAAGGACUGGUCGUUUGAGGCUGGUGUUGUGGAUAGAGCGGGAAGAGAAGGCAUCGCGCGUUUCUCGACGUUCCAGGUAAUGCCCUUGUCUCUACGGUCCUUGUUCUGCUACAAGCGUUUUGAACUCCGAGUGCCGAAUUAUCCCGCGAAUAGAACGCGUUUGUGUAUUGGAGGGUUAUGGGUUCUGUUCGUUUUGCUUCUCUCAAGCGUGUGCUCACAUCCGUGUAGAAGACACCUCGACUAAGGCCGGCCGAAGCUCCCAUCGUGCAUCUUCCUCUAUCCUUUCCCCAUCCGUCUUCACACCGUUUGACGAGCUGGGCGACCAUCAGUGUGAACCUUGCCAACCUUCUUCCCCGCUUUUCCGACAUAACACUGCUCGAGGAAGUGGAAGCCGCGUCAGACAACGAGAGUCAGGCGCACCCAAGAAAGAAAGCGCGGCUCGCUGGUAUCGUGCCUUCCGGCUCGUUUUCACACGUUUCGUACGUGAAAGUAUACGCAACAUGCCGGCUGAGGAGGGUUUGGUUCGGUCAGGCAGGCACAACUGCAGAUCUUCCCUGGGAGUUUGAGCUGUAUUCCGCAGAUUAAU